CAGCGGUGAGGGCGGAAGGUUAGUGCUGCUCCAGACGUGGUGGUGGGAGGUUGUGUUGUCUCUCGCCGCGGGGAACUCUUACUGAAGUCUCGCACACGGAUUACCGGGAAUAAUUACACAGUGAUUGUUACGUGAGAUAUAGUGCAAGUGAAAAAUUAAUGGCUUGAUUCUCGCCUCGCCGUGUUUAGUGUGGAUUCCAGGGGGAAAAAAGAUUUGUUUCAAAAAGAUUCGUGUCGCCAACCAUACCUGACACCUGGAGCUGCCGUAACACCCACUGUCACGGUGUAAAGGUGGCGUGGGAGUUGAACGACAAGAUGAGGGUGUCUCCAUCGUCAGCCCUGCGUCAGGAGUCGUUAAUCCUGCGUCAGGAGUCGUCAGCCCUGCACCAGGAGGAGGCAGCGUGUGCUCUGGUGUUGGGUGGCGCAGCCCCGCCUCACUAGUCUUCCACGGCCCACACCACAAACACUUCAGGUGACACAGACAAGUGGUAGACUCUUGGAGGUGCGUCCAUCGUGUGGACGUGUUGAGGUCCAGUGUGGGCGUGUGGCGGUCCAGUGUGGGCGUUGUAGGGCAGGUGCGUGGGCGUGUGUAAUGGUGGGGUGUGACCGUCACCCAGGAAGAUGAGUUCGAGUGACGUGGGCGCAGUGGUGGGGGCGGUGCAGUGGGGGGACGAAGGUUCCUAUGUGAGGGAGGUGGCCGCCCGUGGCCCUCUGCCUCAGCUGGCCAAGGUCAUCAAAGGCCAGUACUUGGGCGUGGGCGUGCCUUCAUUGGCCAACCCUGGCCUCGCCUCCACCCUCCUCCUGUUGUCUGCUGGCCGUGGACUACGCGUCGCUGCGCAGUGCGUCAAGUUCAAGGAAGGACGACGUGUUGUUCCCGUCGGCCCCAAGUUGAUUAUCCCGGAGACUUACGAUGGCUUCUUCGAGAUCCUUAGCGAGGACGGACGUGCUGUUCGUUGCAUGGAGAGCGUCUCUGAACUAGCCAAGCGCUUUCCAGAUUCUGCACUAGUCCGGGAGAACAUGAAAGCAUAUGUUUCACGAUCUGAUGACGUUGAGACCAUUACCGAGAAGUCUCGAGCUGUCCAGGCAGGUGAGACACUAGUUCUUGUAGGCGAAGUCAUUGGCUCCAAGAACAGUGGCAAAAAUCAACACCGUUUUCUACGCUGUUUCGACCAAGCAGGACAGAAUGUUUAUCUUCCUUAUGACUCCAGAGGAAAGUUUUCAGCAAUAGCUAAGGAAGACAACAUUAGCGGCGUACACAGCAUCCGUAACUUGCUCAACAAGCGGCUGCCUUUGAUGGUCCGCAUGGUGCACGGCCGGCCACCCGUCGGGGCCAAGGCUGCCGCUCAGUUUCUGCCGGAGCUCAGACUCUUCGCUGCAUUUUCAGAGGAGCCGCUGGCGGCGUUACCUCUUGGAAAGGACGCGCCACUCAUCUUGCUUCCUCCCGCAGCCCCGCUCAAGCUGGCACAUGCCCGCAACGCUGACCACGUGGAGAAGACAAAAGAGUUUAUGAGGCUGUGUGAACGUGCUACUGCCCUUCUGCAAGAAGUGGCAGACAGGAUACAUGUUUAUGACGUCUCAAUGGGCAACAAAGGUGGCAUGCGGGAUCCCCGCUUUUCUAACUGGCCAGACCAGAACAAGAACCGCCAUAAGCAUCAUCACCAUCACAACCACCACCGUGCUCACCACCGCACCAAGAGUCCUCCUGAGACCAAACAGUCCACAGGUGACAACGCUCCCGAUGAUUACGAUGAAAUUGAUCAGAUCUACGACUACGUCAGGGGUUUCGCUCCGCUGCCGAAACACAUCAAAUCUCCGUACGCCAGCGAGGAGCACUCCACGCCCAGCCGACGGCCGCAACCGCCACCACCAGUAUCUCCAGACAGGGCUGACGUGAGACCAACGCCACCGCCCAUAGAGACUAUUCCAACACGUCGCGGGGACCUGAGACCCUUUGAGAAAUUGUCUCCCUCUGUCCACCCAGCACUCAUAUCUGCUGCUCUGGAUCGUGCAGCAGAGCGUAGGGUCGAGAAGCGUUCCAGGAAAUCAGACGAGAAGAAAUCUGGGAUACAGCAGCAGCAACAGCAGCAGCAGCCGCAGCAAGUUCAGCAAUCACAACAGCAGUCUCCUGGGCAGCUGUCGUCGCCUGUAACCCCACUUCAGGAGAACAAACCCAGUAACAACAAACUUUUCGUGAAGGCUUCACAGCAACGAUCACAGAAGACACGAGUGUUCAGGCACAAGAGUGCAUCGCCAGUUAAGGAAGCUCUGAUGGAAGUUGGAAGCCUGGGUCCAGGGAACGGCAUUGGACCUGUGGGCGGCGUGGGGGGUGGGUCGUCACCAUCUCCACUCUUCAAGCUCCGUUACAAGUCCCUCACAAACCUGGCUAUGGAUUUCGACACACUGGACUCGAGCACCUCCGGCGGAAAAGGUUCGGCAGAUUCUGGUGGAUCUGCAGCCAUCAAGGCCAAAUUACCAGAGAAGCGAAGCCGCAAGUUGACUCGGCCAAAGAGCCUGACCAACCUGGUGUGGGACGGGCGGGGAGGGCCUUCAGAGUCCCUGGGGAUGAGUGGCACCGCCAGGGCGCUCCUAGAGGCUGAGAGGAAGCUGAGGCUGGAGCCAGGAGUGUACAGACAUGCCAGGGAGACACCAGCCAUGCUGGCUGCCACCUCCAGACUCCUCGCCUCACAGAAGAAGAUAGGAACACUUUACUUAUGAGGUAAGUGCUCCAACAUUCC